AUGGCGGCACAGGCGCGGCGGAGCGUCGUGUUCGUGACAGGCAACGCCAAGAAACUGGAGGAGGUCACGCAGAUCCUCGGGGACUCCUCUCCCUACACGCUGGUGGCGAAGAAAAUUGACCUGCCCGAGUACCAGGGGGAGCCGGACGAGAUCUCGGUGCAGAAGUGCCGCGAAGCCGCCCGGCAGGUUCAGGGACCUGUUAUAGUAGAGGAUACUUGCUUGUGCUUCAAUGCCCUGGGGGGCCUUCCAGGACCCUACAUAAAAUGGUUCCUGGAGAAACUCAAGCCAGAAGGCCUGCACAAGCUGCUGGCUGGCUUUGAGGACAAGUCUGCCUACGCGCUCUGCACCUUCGCCUUCAGCAGCGGGAACCCAGAGGAACCAGUGAGGCUCUUCAAAGGCCAGACCCAUGGACUGAUAGUGGAACCCAGAGGCCCUCGGGAUUUUGGCUGGGAUCCUUGCUUUCAGCCGGAUGGCUACAACCAGACCUACGCUGAAAUGCCCAAGGCGGUGAAGAACUCCAUCUCACACCGGUACAGGGCGCUGAGCGAGCUCUCGGCCUUCUUUCUUCAGAGCGACUCGACAGAGCCCCGCCCCGCUCCCAGCUAGCGCCGAGCCGUGGGCUCAGACACCCACCCAGAGUUACUGGGGUCGGGAAGAACUUCUGGAGACCACCUAGUCCAACCUCCACCAAGGCAUGUCCCACUCAGCCCCGCUGCAGGAUGCCAUUAAAACA